UAGGCUGCAAUUAUCGCACUGGCCAAUCGCAGCCGUGAUACGACUACCGCACGUCGUAAGCCAAGUGAGACAACGUUUGCGAGCUGGCUCAUCUAUUAUGGAGACGUACACGCACUAUAUUGUUACGCCGUGGCGCAACAGCCAGGAGUUGAUCCAGCUUCGGCGAGACUUAUACCGACUUCAUGAUGACAAUGUCGAUCGAAGACAGGGUGCGGUGAACAAGGUCCUGGCGUGGCGGGCGAGGAAAGAGAGCGUGCCAUUGCUGCUAGAAUCGACGGCAGAUAUUGUCGAUGUAAUACUCCAAGAUGAGGCAGGAACAUUAACACAUAAUGCUACAACAUUGCUCUAUGCAAUCGCUAUUUCAAGAUUCAUUACCGGCUAUCUUGACACCCAAAUUGAUCUCACACGCGACCGCCCAUCAUGGUUUCCACCUGGCAAAUCCCUCCAACCACCCUCCUCUCUCCUCGAAGUGCGUCAUUGCAUCGUCCACCGGCACAUGCCAUCUCUGGCCGAGCUCAAGCGCGCCUCGCAGACAGCCCUCGACUGGCUGUGGGAGUGGUACUGGAGCCAGCUUGAAGCAGCAUUUGGCCUCCCUUCGGCCCACGAUGCCGAUAACAGUGGGACAGGAGUUGAAAGCGGGGUGAGCGAAAAGCUGCAGAACAUACUCAAAACGUACGUUAAAGGGCGAAAACAAGAGAUCAAGGCGAAAAGGAGAUCAGAUCUGUGCACUGCAGCCAGCACAGCGCUGUCGAUGUACAAUCUCCGCUUCAGCCCCUCUGCUACAACGAUCUCCUCGUCUACUGCGCAGGCCGCUCUCAUACGGCUUCUGGUAAACGAGAAUCAGUUAUUGCCCGCCGACAAGAAGCUCGGAUCGAGCAUGUCUGGCGCCUUCCUGAUCUGGAGUCCAAUGCUCCUCUCAUUCAGUACCUUGAGCCCAGCGUUCUUCACAGAGUUAUUGAAGACGAUUAUCAGAGAAAUGACUUCCACGGAUAGAAGAAAUGAGGAGAGAGAAGGGAUGUGUGAUUGGGCAGCGCACAUACUCACAUCGGCUGACUGGCAAGCCGCAAGGGGAAGUAAGGAGAGGACAAUGAGGGAAGAGGUGCUAGGGGAUUGCAUGACAGAGCUAGGGAGGUGGAAUCUAAGACUUGCAGAGAAAAUUGUGGACAGUAUGGAUGAAGGAGAAAGCGAGCUGUGGCGGGCGAUUCUGGAUGCCAGUCGGAGCGAGGUGGAUGGUGAGGUGAUGGCGAUUGAUAAGACUGAAGGGAUAGAGACAGAGAAAGUCAUGAGGGUUGGGGGGUCUGAGGAGAAGGUAGUUGAGCUGCCGCCAAUGGUGGAACUUGCCAAACUCGUACAGGUUCGCGAGCCCAGCGAGACCAAAGAGAAGAUAACAGGGCCGCAGAAGGUAGUCGGUCAGUGGAAGCCUACGCCCAUUGGCUGGCUACCUGAUGGGUGGGAUGAGGAUGCGUAAAAAGGGCACACUUGAAAUUUUGAACCUCUGAAAGAUCAUGUAAUUGACCCCCAAUGCCCGAGCGCUGCAGACCUUGCGCGCAUCAAGAACCUUGUCUGUACCCGAAUUGAAACCGUUUUUAUACCUGCUCCCCAACGCGCUAUGCAAUAAAU